AUGAAAAGAUCUUAGAGAAGGUUAUCCAAAUGUGUUGGUGAAGAUAUGCAAUCAGAUUCCUCUAAAUAAGAAUCUGACUCUGAAUUUAUUAUUACUGAGACUUCAGAAUCUGAAAAACUAAAAAGUAAAUCUAUUUGGAGUCUCAAAGGACUUAGCUUUCAAAUAAAAACACUAGUUAAAGAUUUAAAAAGCACUAACUACAAGAUAUUAGCCAAUAUUCUUAUUGAAAAAUUGCAAAAUGAACUUCAAAAAAUGCAAAGUACUGAAAGAAGAAAGGAGAUACAAAACUUAAAAAGGAGAGUGUAUGAUGCUAUCAAUGUAAUGGUAGCCAUGGGAGUUCUUGAGAAAGACAAGAAGAAACAAAUCUCCUUUCAUGAAUAAAAAGACAAAGAAGAAGUAAAUAAAUAAAAAGAGUAAGUUCGAACUAAUUUAGAAAUAUUAAAAGAAAAAAGAAAAAGACUCACUAAAGCAACUCUUACCUAUAUGAUGUAUAAAAAACUAAUUCAAAGAAAUUAAUAAAUGAAAAUGGAACCUGAAUCCAAACUAGAAACUCCAGUCUUUGCCUUUUCAGUAUAACUAUUUGAUAAUGACCUAUGUAUGCAACAAAAAAAUGGGAAAAAAAUAAUUAUCAAAUCGUAAUAGCCUAUCUAUAUUUACUCUGAAUUAGAAGUCUUACAAAAGCUAUAACUAAAAUGA